GCAGCUGUGGAGGUGGCAUCGGACACGACGGUGCAGGAGCUCAUCGAUAGGGCUCAGGAUGAGCUGAGAGUGGGCAUCCGCUGGCUGAUCUGCCCUACGGGCUCUCCCCUGAAGUGCUCGGAUACCACGGCUGCCGCCGGCAUUCAGGACGGCGACAUUUUGACGGCGAUUGCUCGCAAGGCAGCUUUAUACUCGAGCUCCCGUGCCUUCGCGUUGGUUCGAGUGAAUGGAACUGUGCUCACAUGGGGCUACCUCGGUGGAGAACAAUGUUCCGCUCCGGAACACUUGAGAAACGUGGACAAAGUGGAGGGUGCAGCAGAGGCUUUCGCUGCUUUGCAGGCAGAUGGCUGCGUGCUGACAUGGGGCUCGCCCCAAUGGCUGGAGGGGCCCUGCCUGCAGCCGGACAUUCAGAACGUGAAGGAGAUCUUGGCCACUGGCGGUGCAUUUGCCGCGAAGAUUGAAGAUGGCUCCACCGUGCUUUGGGGCGCCUACAUGCGAGAGGAGCUAGAAGCCUUGGGAUUUCGAAGCCGGCUCAGGGAUCUUCAGGACCUCGAGGCCACCGCACAUUCGAUGGCAGCGCGCCUGGCUGAUGGGACGGUGUUUAGUUGGGGUCGCAACGAGUUGGGCUUGAUCUUGCAGAAGGAGCUUUCAGAGAAGGCGACACAGAUGAAGGCUACGGAGCGAGCGUUCGCUGCCGUGCUGUCGUCUGGCUCUGUGGUGACGUGGGGCGAUGCAGACUAUGGUGGGGACAGCGAACAUGUCCAGGAGCUGCUUCAUGAUGUUCGGUAUCUACAAUCCUCUGCUGCAGCGUUUGCUGCGCUGAGGAGCGAUGGGACGGUUGUAACAUGGGGUCAUUCUCGCUUUGGGGGAGACUCGGCUGAUGUCCAGUCGCAGUUGCACGACGUGCAGCUCGUGCAGGCCACAGCGGAUGCCUUUGCUGUCAUCCUCGGUGAUGGAUCCGUCGUCACCUGGGGAGAUGCAUCUGCUGGAGGGAACAGCCAAGCUGUCCAGGAGGAGCUGAAGUCCGUCGAGCGGAUCGAGUCCACCUGUGCAGACUUUGCCGCUCUCCUGGUCGGGGGCUCCGUCGUCACCUGGGGAGACCCCUCUUGUGGCGGCGACAGCAGUACUGUGCAGGAGCAGCUUCAGGAUGUCCUCCUCAUCCGCAGCACCUCCUUCGCUUUCGCAGCUCUCCGCAGAGACGGAAGGGUGGUGACCUGGGGCUGUCCUGCAUCGGGUGGGGACAGCAGCUCGGUUUCGGAGGAGCUGGAGGAUGUCAAUCAGUUUCAUCCAGCGCACUUGGCUCACCGGCCUGCAAGAGGGCUGAAGCGAAACCGUGAGCUGGGACAGAAAAAGCUGCGCUGUCUGACUGAUUGA